AUGUAUAAUACCAAUUGCUUUGGUGCAUGGUAUACCAAGCGACAGUUAAACAGAGUUCAUAAAAAGAGCCCAAAUGGACAUUCCUCAGCUGCCACAUUUACCUAUGGAGACAUUACCGUAACAGCAGUUCCACAGAAUAGUGAUAACUAUAGUUACAUGGUUAUUUGUGGAUCAACUAAUGACUGUGUUGUUAUCGAUGUUGGUGAUGCACAACCCAUACUCCAGUGUUUGAGUGAUGAAAAUAAGAUACCUCAAGCAGUGCUUGUCACCCAUAAACAUUGGGACCAUUGCUAUGGCAAUAGAGAACUGAAAAAACGGUACAAGGAGCUAAAUAUUUAUGGUGGUGAGAUUGAUCGACCUGCUGAUGUGAAUAUAUAUGUUCGAAAUGAAGCUUUGAUCGAGAUUGGGAAGUUGCAUUUUAAAGCAUUGCAUGUUCCUGGACACACUGCUGGCCACAUGAUUUAUGUUUUGCAGUUGAAUGACGAACUCAAAUGUUUGUUCACGGGGGACUUUCUGUUUAUUGCUGGAAUAGGUAAAAUCUUUGAAGGAAGCACUUCACAAAUGAUCAGUUCUUUAUUGAUGCUGAGUGAUUUUCCACAAGAUACCAUCAUCUUUCCUGGCCAUGAAUAUGCGAAGCUCAAUUUGUCUUUUGCUUUGUCACUAGAAAAAGAUAAUGAAGUGCUGAAAGCAAUGAUCAAAGUAGUACAUGAAAAACGAACAACUCGCUCGCCCAUUGUUGGAGUCACCCUUGGUGAUCAAUACAAGAUCAAUCCUUAUCUGCGCACCUGUUCUUUGAAAUUUCGGAAGGCUUUAAUUGCUGCUGGUUACGAUGUACCAAUGGAGGCAAAAAUACUUACUGAUCGAGACGUUGAUGAAGUAAAAGAUAACUCGGUGGAAGCUCAGAUUGCCAUUUUUAAUGCCUUAGAAAAAGCUAAAAAUGAUUUUACAGAAGAAUUCGUGAAGCAAAUAGAGCGAAAGCAUCGUAGGAGCAUUAGAAAUAAUGCCUAA